AUGUCCGUCAUGGGUUUAUUUGUAUGCCUAGUCUUGAGCUUUUGCAUGACUGACUUGGAAGCUGCAGCUGCAGAUCCAAGCCGCUACCUAGCAUUUACUCUCAUCAUCAAUCACUGGGGAGAAAAUCUAGCUUUCGCCUUCCUCCCCAUUGUCAUCGUCAACUCAGUGCUGGGAGGUGCAUCGGUUCUAUUCAUGGUUUCCUGCCAAACUGCUGCUUUUGCGCGUGAUGGUGGUCUUGUCUUCAAUGACAAGCUGGCGCAUGUCUGGAUAUACAGCAACAUGCCUAUCUACAGCAACGUCCUCGUCACCAAUGGCGGAGAUAUCUUGCUGUUCCUGGCCAUGUCCCCAAUGGCUUCAUCCAUCAUCUACUCAUUGGCAGUCAUUGCUGUCAUGCUCAUGUAUGCUCUGCCUAUGUCGUUUCGUGUUUUCCAUAGUGGUAGAUGGGUGCCUGGUCCAUGGAACUAUGGACGAUUCAGUAUCCCUAUUCAUGUCUAUUCCAUUAUCUCGAUCCUUUACAUCACGAUUCUAGAGUGCUUCCCUCCCAUGGCGGACUGGACAGGUGCAGCAUUCAACUAUAACUGGGUUGUGCUCAUUUUUGCUCUGUUUCUAUCUGGAGUACUUUGGAUGUUCAAGGUAAGGUAUACAUACAAGGGAGUCGAUCAGGAGGCCUUGGAUGCUUGGAGAGCCCAGGAGGUGUCGCCUUCGACUAGUGAAGACGAUAUUGAAGGUGCGAAUAUUGUUAUACAAGGUACUAGCCCUAGGGGUAGCUCUUGCACGGCAGGGAAUAGCGUGCACACGGUAGUCAAGGGCCUCAAGAACUAG